UGGUACGUGGCUGCGCUGUCUGUGGCAGCUGUGUGUGGCAGCCGCUCAGAGACAAACACUGUCCUCAGAGUUACCAAAGACGUCCUGAGCAAUGCCAUCUCGGGCACCCUGCAGCAGAGUGAUGCCCUGCACACGGCCCUGAGAGAGGUGCCCAUGGGUGUUGGUGGUGUUCCCUACAACGACUUUCAUAUCCGAGAGCCACCCCCCAAAUAUACCAACGGCAAGCAGCUUGGCGGUAAUUACAAGUAUGGUCACAUCGAGACCAAUGACAACACCGCUCAGUUGGGGGGCAAAUAUCGAUAUGGGGAGAUCAUUGAGUCGGACGGAAGCAUCAGGGACCUCCGAAACGAUGCCGAGAAUGCAUAUGGCGGCCACAGGGGCCAUGGGCGGUAUCGGUCAGCGGAAGGCAACCCAGUCCACAGAAGGCUUCAACGGCGAGAACUGCGGCCUGGAGAAAUUCCACCUGGUGUGGCCACUGGAGCCCUGGGCCCAGGUGGUUUGUUGGGCAAUGGGGGCAUGCUGGCGGCUGACGGCAUCCUGGGAGGCCAAGGCGGCCUGCUUGGCGGGGGAGGUCUCCUUGGUGACGGAGGACUUCUCGGAGGAGGGGGCGUCCUGGGCGUGCUCGGCGAAGGUGGCAUCCUCAGCACCGUACAGGGGAUCACGGGGCUUCGCAUUGUGGAGCUGACCCUCCCUCGGGUGUCUGUGCGGCUCUUGCCCGGAGUGGGUGUCUACCUGAGCUUGUACACCCGCGUGGCCAUCAACGGGAAGAGUUUCAUUGGCUUCCUGGACAUCGCGGUGGAGGUCAACAUCACGGCCAAGGUCCGGCUGACCAUGGACCGCACGGGUUAUCCUCGACUGGUCAUUGAGCGAUGUGACACCCUCUUAGGGGGCAUCAAAGUUAAGCUGCUGAGAGGCCUUCUCCCCAACCUCGUGGAUAACUUAGUGAACAGAGUCUUGGCCAAUGUCCUCCCUGAUCUGCUCUGCCCCAUCGUAGAUGUGGUUCUGGGUCUUGUCAAUGACCAGCUGGGUCUCGUGGACUCCCUGGUUCCCCUGGGGAUAUUGGGAAGUGUCCAGUACACAUUCUCCAGCCUCCCGCUUGUGACUGGGGAAUUCCUGGAGCUGGAUCUCAAUUCUCUGGUUGGGGAGGCUGGAGGAGACCUCAUCGACUACCCACUGGGCCGGCCAGCUGUGUCUCCCAGGAAGAAGAUGCCUGAUUUGCCUCCCAUGGGCGACGGUACCAACUCCCAGCUGGCUAUUUCUGCCAACUUCCUGGGCUCAGUAUUGACGCUCCUUCAGAAGCAAGGGGCACUGGAUACUGACAUCACUGAUGGCAUGUACGAAGAGCUCCCUCCACUCACCACGUCCACACUGGGGGCGCUGAUCCCUAAGGUGUUCCAGCAAUACCCCGAGUCCUGCCCACUCAUCAUCAAGAUCCAGGUGCCAAACCCACCCUCGGUGACACUGCAGAAGGACGAGGCGCUGGUGAAGGUGUUUGCCACGGCUGAGGUCAUGGUCUCCCAGCCCAAUGAUGUGGAGACCACCAUCUGUCUCAUUGAUGUGGACACAGAUCUCUUGGCCAUGUUCUCCGUGGAAGGAGAUAAGCUCAUGAUCGACGCCAAGCUGGACAAGACCAGCCUCAACCUCAGAACCUCAAAUGUGGGCAACUUUGACGUUGGCCUCAUGGAGGUUCUUGUUGGGAAGAUUUUUGACCUGGCGUUUAUGCCCGCCAUGAACGCCAUGCUGGGCAAUGGAGUUCCUCUCCCCAAAAUCCUCAACAUUGACUUCAGCAAUGCAGAUAUUGACGUCUUGGAGGAUCUGCUGGUGCUGAGUGCAUGAGCGGCAGAGGCAGCGGGGCUGCCACAGCCCCGGGAGACACCAGCCCCCGCACUGAAGAGGCUCCGCUUGGACACCAUCCCCAAGCCCUACAUCCCUUCUGCCUUCCACAACAGCUCCCUCCUCCAGCCCUCCAACUCUC